AUGCCUCGAGAGGCCGAACCCUCCCUCAAUGAGAAGGCCUUCGUGGUUGAAGCCCUUAAAAAAGACCAUCGACUAGACGGGCGCGGAUUGGACCAGUACCGACCGCUGGAUCUCAAAUUUGGCGAUCAAUAUGGAGUGACAGAGAUCACAUUAGGCAAGACGAGGAUACUCGCGAAAGUAUCAGCCGAAGUAACUGUCCCCUACGCCGACCGACCCUUUGAAGGCAUCUUCACAAUCACAACGGAACUCAGCCCCAUGGCAUCGCCAGCCUUCGAAGUCAACCGACCAACAGAGUCGGAGGUUCUGCUUUCGCGGUUGAUAGAGAAGACAGUACGCCGUUCGAACGCCUUGGAUACCGAGUCAUUAUGUCUUGUUGCGGGGCAGAAGUGCUGGUCUAUAAGAGUCGACCUACACGUCCUCUCCCACGACGGAAACCUGAUUGACGCAUCUUGUUUGGCUGUGGUUGCGGCACUGCGACAUUUUAGAAAACCCGAUACGAGCAUGGAAGGCGAGACAUUAACGGUUUACACGCCGGCAGAGAGAGAACCAGUACCCCUGAGCUGGCUGCAUUCGCCAUUUUGCAUCACCUUCAGCUUCUACGGGGAGGAGGGAGAGAUCACGCUGCUAGACGCAACGUUGUUGGAGGAGCAAUUGAGGGUCAGCAGCUGCACAAUCAGCCUCAACAAGCACGGAGAGAUAUGUCAAGUGGCCAAACUGGGCGGUACGCCUGUGGAGGCAGUGUCGCUGCUCCAAUGCGCAAACCUUGCGGUGCAGCAGGUCAAGGUGUUUUCGACGUUUCUAGAUCAGAAACUCGCCGAGGAUUCUAAGCAUAGAGAUAGAGGUGGCCUAUUAGCCGAACUGUCUGCAGAAAACGCGAGAUAG